CUCUAGAGUCUCUAGUCCAUAGAGUCUCCAAUGAGUAGGCGAUCUGGCGCGAGCAGUUCACCUAUGUAUCUAUGGCUGCGCUAAGAUGUAACUUACAGAUAUUUGGCGUCAUUAGCUCGCUCUCCUUAGUCGUGUUUUAAAUCUCGCUGAGAUCGCUGCCGAGCUGUGAAGAUGCAAGCGUAAAAGUGGCAAGUUCUCGAUGCAAGUCCAACGAAACCCAUUCGAAAGAAAGUAAAAAAGCAGAAGAAAGAACUCACCGAAAGAAAGUCGUUUAAAAUGAGUGGAGAUUCAUUCCACCAGCGGAUGGGUCAGCUCCUGUCGCUGAUCCUGAUCCUCCUGCUGAUCGCCGUGUCCACCGAUGGCUACAACAUCGAUCUGCCCAGUUACGUCCGUUUCCGGCAGUCCAGGAACUCCAUGUUCGGGUUCAGCAUUGCGAUGCACAAAGGUCGCAGUAAUUUCUACAGCAAUCUGCACAACGUUAGCUUGAUCGUUGGAGCUCCCAAAUACGACACAUCCCGUUACCAACAGGGCGUGACGGAGGCCGGCGCCGUCUUCAAAUGCAGCCUGAACGAUGACGACUGCAAAUUGGUGCCAUUCGACUCCAAAGGCAACAAUCGGAAUACGGAAAAGGAGGUCGUGGACAGGAAAUCCUAUCAAUGGCUGGGCGCCACGGUGGCCACAGGACGCGAUAGUGACUUGGUUGUGGCCUGUGCCCCGCGCUAUGUGUUCCACACGAUGACGCCAUCGAAGGCGUUCCGCAUUGAUCCCGUGGGCACCUGCUUCACCUCGCACGACUUCGAGCGCUUCUAUGAGGUCUCCCCCUGCCGGACAAACAACUGGGGUUAUCAUCGCCAGGGCUCGUGUCAGGCUGGAUUUAGUGCAGCGAUCAACGGGAAUGGCUCGCGUUUGUUCAUUGGCGCACCUGGCAGUUGGUACUGGCAAGGACAAACCUACUCAAUACCGCCCGAUGCCGAGUUUCCAUUUAAGCCGCCUUUUUAUCAGCCCUUCGGCACUGGAGGUCAGGCCAGUUCCCACGAUGUGACCAGGCCGGAGAACCAGGUGUUCUCCACCUCGGAAAGUGUCUCGGUGAACGAUGACUCGUAUUUGGGUUACUCGAUGGUCACCGGUGACUUCGAUGGCGACCGCAGCGAGGAUGUGGCCAUUGGCAUGCCCCGCGGUGCCAAUCUCGUCGGCAGAAUCGUGGUCAAUCGAUGGAAUAUGGCGAAUAUCUUUAAUAUCACGGGUCGUCAGAUUGGCGAAUACUUUGGCUACUCGCUGGCAACUAGCGAUGUGGAUGGCGAUGGUCUGGACGAUCUGCUCAUCGGUGCACCCAUGUACACGGAUCCCGACAAUGCGGAGGGCAAAUACGAUGUGGGCAGGGUCUACAUCCUGCUGCAGGCCGGUCCCAGCGAGGAGAAGCGCUGGACGACGGAGCACAUCCGCGACGGAAUCCGCAGCAAGGGGAGAUUCGGUCUGGCCCUGACCACACUGGGCGAUGUGAAUGGCGAUGGCUAUGGGGACUUCGCAGUGGGUGCCCCCUAUGACGGACCCGAGGGUCGGGGCGUGGUCUACAUCUUCCACGGUUCGCCGCUGGGUCCACUGGCCAAACCCUCGCAGGUCAUCCACUCCGAGCAGCUGGUCGAGGGUGCUCCCUAUCCCCGAACCUUCGGUUUCGCCCUCUCCGGCGGCAUCGACAUGGACGGGAACACCUAUCCGGAUUUGGCCGUGGGCGCCUACAGCUCCGACCAGGUCUUCAUCUUCAAGUCGCGACCCGUGGCCGCGGUUAAUGCCGAGACCAGUUUCGGCAGCAACUCCAAGUUGAUCAGCCUGGACGACCGGAACUGCGAGCUGCUGAGGGAUCGCAAGCAGGUGCCCUGCAUGCUCCUGACCACCUGCUGGAGCUACACCGGCCGCUAUCUGCCCGAGCAACUGGACUUCGAUGUGUCCUGGCUGCUGGACGCCAAGAAGCUGCCCAAUCCCCGCAUGUUCUUCCUGCGGGACGAGGGCAAGAAUAUCAGGAACCAGACCAUCCGCUUGAGCUACGGCCAGAAGUACUGUCUGAAUGAGACGGUCUAUCUGCUGGACAAGGUGCAGGAUAAGCUGACGCCUCUGGAAGUGGAGGCCCGCUACAAUCUGCGCAGCAGUCGUCCCUUGGAGCCGCUGGUGCGACGCAGGAGGAGCAACCUCGAGCCGGUGAUCGACCAGAACCGGGAGAUCGUCCUGCGGGAUGCCAUCAAUAUCCAGAAGAACUGCGGUCCCGACAACAUCUGCGAACCAGAUCUCAAGCUGGUUGUCAACACGGUGGACAAGUAUCUGUUUGGCUCACCCGAACCUCUGGUCAUCGAAGUCCUGAUCUCGAACAACAAUGAGGAUGCUUUCGAGGCCACCUUCUAUAUGAUCACCCCGCGGGAUCUUCAGUUCCGAAAGGUGCAGCAGCUGGGCGAGAAGAAGGACACGCCCAUCACCUGCUCGCCGCCCACUCCGGAAAAUAAUCACACGUUCAAGUGUGAAAUCGGAAAUCCCUUGGAGUCUGGAAAGAUUGCACACUUCAAGAUCAGCUUGGUACCGGAGGAGAAGUAUGGUAGCUCAUCCAGCUACGACUUCUACUGGGAGGUCAACUCGACGAACCUGGAGAAGCCCGGCUCCGACUACGACAACAAGAUCCGCCAGAGCGUGGGCAUCUGGGUGGACACGGAUCUGGACAUCAAGGGAACCUCUCUACCGGACUACCAGCUGUACAAGGCCGAGGACUACAAGAAGCUGUCGAAUGCCACCAAGGAGGAGGAGAUUGGACCCCAAGUGGUGCACAUCUACGAGAUCCGCAACAAUCGUCCGUCCAUUAUCGAGGAGGCGGAGGUCUACAUCCAUGUGCCCCACGAAACCAUCGUUGGAGAUCCCCUGAUGUAUCUGCUGAAUCAACCGGAGACCGGUGGCAAGAUACACUGCGACGAAGUGCCCGUUAAUGAGUACAAUCUGCAGCUGGACGAGAAGCUGCUGAAGAAAUCGUAUCUGCAGGCCCAGGGUGCCAUCUCGAAUUCCGCUCAGGUGUCUGGCCAGUCGGCUGCCUCCACGGGGAUGACCUUCACCGAUGGCGGUGGUCGCGUGGAGAAGGCCCAGGGCGGUGAGUCCGCCCAGGGAGUGAUAGUGAGCAAGACGGAGGCCAGAACCCGAUUGACGCCGAAGGAGGUGCAGAAACUGGAGAAUGAGGAUGCGCUGGAGGCGAUCGGAGAUGCCUCCUUCGUGCACCGCGAUCGCGCCAGCCAGACCACUCAGAUCCAAGAGCCUAGGAUCAACCAGACGACCUUCGCCACCUUGUCCACGAGCAGCUCCUCGUCGGGUGUGGGUGGAGGUGCUCCGUCGGCACAGCUGCGUGGUCACAGCACCCAGGGUCACAUACAGAUGGCCGGACCUGCCCAGCAAUCCAGCAGCUCCAGCAGGAGUUCCAGCAACUACCGCACUUGGCCAAACCAGCAGCAACACCAGAUCCUAUUAGCCGGUGCCGGAGGAUCGGGAUCUGAACCUGGAUCGGGUUCUGUUUCGGGAUCUGGCGUUAACUUCAAUGAUAAGUCGCAGUUUGGCGGUCAUAGUGGCAAUUUCCAUGCCGGAACUCUGGAUCUGGGCACCCUAAACCGAGGCAAUGUGGACAACGAGCUGUACAGGAGUCAGGCGCAAUACCAGAAUCCCGGCCAGAGUAUUGGCCAGGGACAGGGACAGUUCCAGACCAACUCCAACCAGGGAUACUACCAGGGACAGAAUCAGGCGCAGUACCAGGCUCGCAAUCCGGGAUCUCUGCAGGGGCAAUCCUUCCAGGGACAAACCCAAUACAGUGGAGCACCCGGUGGCUACCAGACGCAUCAUGUGACCUACUCCUCGGGCAGCAAGCCGUACUAUGGCAGGGAAAACGAGGACUUCUACGACGAGAGCAAUCAGCAGCAGGGCACGCCGGGACACUGGAGCAGCUCCAGUUCCAGUUCGAGUUCCUCAUCCUCGCAGCAUCGCCUGCGGAGAUCCAGCGAUAAGGAUGUGGAGAACGCAGAGCAGCCGCAUCAGAUCGAUUUGAACUCACCCUGCCAGUCGGCCAAGUGCAAGAAAAUCCGGUGUGUGGUCAGGGAUCUGGGAACGGAGGACGGCGAUGCCGCCUUCGUGGCCAUCCGGGCACGCAUGGUGGCCAAGACGAUGGAGAAGCUGGCCUGGAAUGUGCCCCUCAACGUGUCCACGCUGGCGGUGGCCAAUGUCACCCUGCUGCCCUUCAUCGGGCCGCCCAAGGAUGCGAUCGUGAAGACGCACGAGAUCUUCUACAAGGCGGAACCGGAGCCGCAGCAGGUGCCCGAUGUGGUGCCCCUGUGGGUCGUCAUCCUGGCCGCCUGCGCUGGAGCACUCAUCUUCCUGCUGCUCGUCUGGCUGCUCUACAAGUGCGGCUUCUUCAAUCGCAACCGGCCAACGGAUCACUCGCAAGAGCGGCAGCCACUUCGAAACGGUUACCAUGGCGACGAGCACCUGUAGAGUGCCACGAUAUCCUCCAGUUUGAAAACGCAUCAUAAUUAGCAGGAAUAUUAACAAAACCACGAACUACUUCUAACAUCGCACUAAACCACUAAACGUACUAAAAACAACGAAACGGUUCUAAAACGUACCAAAAUCGAGCGCUUAGUCGAGUUUUAACCCAUGCGAUGUCGACGGGAGGUGUCAGUGGAAAAUACCCUCUGAAUAGAUCACUCUUGAGGGAUACACCUGCUGCUUGAAAAACAACAAAAAAACUCUAGACAACAAGAGGGAAAACAUUGUUAAAAAAAAAGAAACAUAUUUAAACUUGCCUAGUCACGACAUGAAGAACUUUCUAAUGCGUAAAGAUUUUUUAACUUUAACAAACCUCCUCUUUUUUUUGAAUUUUUUUAUUUUUAGACUUUUGUGUUUUUGUUCUUUGCAAAAAUUUCGAGGAAAGUUAAACAAGUGCUAUAUUAAUCUGUACUAAAGAAAGAAAGAAAAAAGUUGAAGUUAACCUUGGCUAAGUUAGUGAAUGACUGAAUUAUUGACUGAAGUGAAUGAGCGAAUGUGAGUGAUAGCUAGUAUGGAAAUUUCGAAGUUCUAAGUUCUGAUUCAAACAAAUAAAAAGGGGAAAAUGUGCUGCCCGCAGAGAAGCUGUCCUAUACUGCCACGCCCCCAUUUUUAGGCAGCAGCCGGGGCAUGGAAUAAAAUACAGAGGAAAUCCACACUUAUUAGGUGCUACUCUAAUUUUUUUUUAAAUCUAUUAUCAAGUCUCUUGGGUUUUCAUAAGCGAAACCCAAUUUUUUUGUGGACAGUUGUUUGUCAAACUCAAAGUUUGCCGGUUGGAGGAAAAAUUACAACGCCAAAAUGUGUUGAAAAAUGCAAAAGAAAAUAUUAAAACAAAACAAAAAAAAAACGAAAUUAUUGGUUAAUCUAUGUAAUUCUUUGUGUAAAUACUAAAAAUGAAAAACAUAAAAAAAAACGACGCGAGAAGGAGAACAGUUGAAUCGUUGAAUAUUUAAUUUAAUAUUGCAUUUAUUUCCAAAUUACAGUGGGAGAAGCGCUGACCGACUUCUUGCAGUGUACUGUCGAAAUAAAACCCAUGUGUGUACCACGUAAACCCUUUACUAAAACUUAGUCUCGCCCGCUGCUCACAGUUAGUUUAGUUCAAUUAUACGCUACUGUUUAAUUUAUUAACUGUACUUAUUAUUGCGUGUCAUGAAUAAUGAUUGUUUGACCCUUUUUUUUUGCUAAUUUCUGUAUUAAAUAUAAUGAUUUACCAUAAAAUUACAAAUAAAAAUGAAGGUCGAGUUGUAAAAAUUAAA